AAAGGUAUUGCAUGUUAUUUCAGUGUUUCAAAAACAUCUGUAUAAUAUGGCUGUACAUACACAAUUUAUGUGAUUUUAUACACAGGGAAGUUAAUGACAGUUAGGGGAUUUUAUGUAGUAACCGUAGUGAGUUAGCUGUAGAUCACAAUGCCUGUUGCUGAUUCUUCCCUAAUUGAUGACAUUGAGGACAUUGUCAACAAGAAUUCCUCUCCAGGUGAAAUUCGCCAGGAGAACAAACGAUUGGUUGUCCCGAAAUCCAGGCGCAUCAAGCAAACCAGAGAGGAAACAGUUCAAGCAGACAGCAUUAUACCUGGUACACAGAAGGUAUGGCUCAAAACCUGGGGAUGUUCUCACAACAACUCAGACAGUGAAUAUAUGGCUGGACAACUAGCCUCUUAUGGAUACAAAAUCACAGAUGACAGUGAGUCAGCGGACCUCUGGCUCCUCAACAGCUGUACAGUCAAAAACCCUGCAGAGGACCACUUCAGGAACGAGAUCAAGAAAGCGAGAGAGAAACAGAAGAAAAUCGUGGUGGCAGGGUGUGUGCCCCAGGGACAACCAAGGACGGACUAUUUACAGGGCCUAAGUGUAAUAGGAGUACAACAGAUUGACCGGGUCACAGAGGUCGUAGAGGAGACACUGAAAGGUCAUUCUGUUAGACUAUAUGGUCAGAAAAAACUAGAAGGGAAAAAGGUUGGAGGAGCAGCCCUGAGCCUGCCCAAGAUCCGAAAGAACCCACUUAUAGAAAUCAUCGCAAUCAACACUGGGUGUCUCAAUCAGUGUACGUAUUGCAAAACAAAACACGCUCGUGGAGAGUUGGGUAGUUAUCCCCCAGAUGAGAUUGUGGCGAGAGCCAAACAGUCGUUUGAGGAGGGUGUUGUUGAAAUAUGGCUGACUUCUGAAGAUCUUGGUGCUUAUGGUCAUGACAUUGGAGUGACCUUACCCCAGUUACUAUGGAAACUAGUGGAGGUUAUUCCAGAAGGUGCCAGAAUGAGGCUAGGAAUGACAAACCCACCUUACAUCCUAGAGCACCUUGAGGAGAUGGCCAAGAUUCUGAAGCACCCGAGGGUGUACUCCUUCCUCCACGUCCCUGUACAAUCCGCGUCCGACAGCGUACUCAUGGACAUGAAGCGGGAAUAUUGCCAGGCGGAUUUCAGACAUGUGACAGACUUUCUGAAGGAAAGAGUGCCAGGAGUUACCAUAGCAACAGAUGUAAUAUGUGGAUUUCCCACAGAAACUGAAGAUGAUUUUGAAGAAACCAUGAAACUUGUAGAAGAAUAUAAAUUUCCCAGCCUGUUUAUUAAUCAAUUUUUCCCAAGACCAGGGACACCAGCUGCAAAGAUGCCAAGAAUACCUGCUCAAUUAGUCAAACAAAGAACAAAAAAAAUUUCCGAGCUGUUCCAUUCAUAUAGACCUUAUGAUCACAAGAUGAGUGAGAUACAGCAGGUGCUGGUCACCGAGACGUCACAUGACCAGCAGUAUUAUGUAGGUCACAACAAGUUCUAUGAUCAGGUCCUAGUUCCAAAAAAUGAGAAUUUGAUGGGUAAGAUGGUGACAGUUCGGAUUGUGGAGACAGGUAAACAUUUUCUGAAAGGACAACUUCUGUCAGAUAAAGACAUUGUUCAACCCGAUGUUCCUCUUCCAUUAAAGAAAGGCCAAGUGUCUGGGGCAUCAGGUCUAGUGCAGAUUGAAAACAACUCAAACCACAAUAUCUUUAUGGCGGUGUCGUUGUUUGCAGUGCUUAUUGCAGUAGUGUGGAGAUUUUACAGUCUAUUUCUGGGAACCACAUGAUAAACUUGACUGAGAUUGAAGAAAUACUAUAAAUCAUGUGGUUGGCUGUGAUAGAACAGAAAACAGGGAUCUGUGUUCUGUAUCUAAGAAACCUGCAUCUUGUGUGGUGAAAGCAUGAUGUAUCAUCUGGGAUUGUUCUAAUUUCAAAGAUGAAAAAGAGUUUUAGUUGAUAAAUAUAUUAGACUGGAUAUUUUUGAACAUUUAUGUCAACUAUACCCAUCCUUAGCAAGAAGUUAUGGUUUGUCCAUAUUACCAGUACUACAAGUUUUUAUCUUUUGUUUCAAAACUUCUCAUCAUUUUCAAUUUCAAUUAUUUUAAAAUUUGAAUGAAAUUAGUCAGUAUUAUAUACAUGCAUGUUGAAAGAAAAUUUGUUAUUAAUGGUGAGGUCAAUGUCAAAUUAAAUGGUAACAAUACAUUAUAUGGAUGGAG